AUGCGCUGCCGUUGUGCUGGGAUGGUGGUGAUGGCUACUAUUCUCCUGGUCACCGAGGUGCUCUCGGUGUCCACUGGAGCCAGAGAGGCCCUGACGUUGAAGGAAUCUCCACUCACGGAUCUGUCCACUACUACAGGUUACAGCAACGCCAAACAGAAUCGAGUACUACGUGUCGCUCAAACGCCCGACCAAGACGACCGCGCCGUCGAUGAAGAUGCUAAGAGUGAACCAAAUGAGACGGAAGAGAGAGCAGGUGGCGUGUCUUCGAUUGUGUCGAAAAUCUCCGACAAGAUCCCUAUGAAGCUGAAAAUGGCGUGGUGGCGCGACUUCAAAAAGCCUGCAAGCUACGUCAAGAAGAAGAUGGGUCUGGAGGGGCUGUCCGGAGCUGAGCUAACGUCCCACAAGAACUACAAGUUGUUUUUGAAGUAUAAGGCGACGAUUGAGAAGGAUUGGCUGAACUACGUCAAGGCGUUCGACGAGAACGUCGAGUCGACGAUAGGCUCUGGGUAUCUGAUGCCCAAGUUCGUGAGCGAGAAGGCCACGCCGGCGGAAUUGACGGCGCGAGUCGAGAUCUGGGCGGAAACAGGCAAGUCGGCCAGCUACGUGAGGAAAAUGUUGGGCAUGGACUCGGCGUCGGGGGCGAGAGCUUACGCUCCGUACUUUGAGCAUUUCAAGCAAGCGGCGGACGCGGCCUGCAGCCGCGACACGACGGCGCUGACGUCGGACUGCAGCUCGCAGUGCUACGAGGGGCGCCCCUGCAUCGCCUUCGCCGCGGACGCGGCCUGCAACGCCACGACCUUCGGCACGUGCGUCACGGACAGCGGCAACGCCAGCAGCUCCAGCAGCUCCAGUGGCUCCAGCGGCGACUCGUGCGCCUUCGAGUGCUUCACCAACGGGCCCAGCGACUUUGCAGCCAACGGGGCCGUGCAGUUCAGCGACUACGUCUUCUUCAUCCCGUACGGCAGCGAGCAGAGCAAGUGGGAGGCCAACUGGACCAGCUCCCAGGCCAGCACGGUCGACUCGCAACUGGCAAGUGAAGUGGACGAGACCGAGCUUUACCCGAGCGAAUCCAACCUGGUGUUUGAAGAGAUGGAACCGCUGACGUUCCUCACGGAUACGACGACGGCGAUGUUUGUAGGGGGAACGAGUGUGUGGGGCGUGAGGGGAAAAGUAUCCCAAGUGAAGCUCAGCGCCGAGUUCUUGUCCAGUAACACGCAGUUGAAGAACAUUACGAUGGUGAACCUUGGGUUUGACGUGGACCCACCGCAGUCGACGUUCCCGACGACGAAUGUCGAGAGCUUCACGAUGUCCAACUGCUUGUUGAGCACGUACCCGGCGGAUCUGGAGUUCAUGACGUCCGUCGUGCACGUGGAUUUCUCGCAGAACUACUUCAAGGACUACCCGGUCAAGUUUUCCCAUGAUACGAUGGAGACGCUGAACUUGUCUACGAAUGCGUUGACGGCCUGCAGUGGCAACUUCCCCAACAUGACGAACCUCGAUUUGUCGGGGAACACGUUGACUGAGAUCCCGUCGAACAUCUUCGACAUGCCCAAGUUGAAGUAUCUCAACCUCAGUGACAACUCGUUCACUGGGGUCUCACUGACAACAGACCAAGUCACGUUCCUGCAGAACCUGAAGACUUUCACCAUCGACACGUUCGGUGACGUGUCCUCGUGCUCGGAGUCGGCGCAAGUGAAGAUCAGUGGUGUGGCAGUGUGCACCAGCACAGGAAGUGCUGGGAGUUCUUCCAGUUCGGGUGGAGGCAGCAGUAGCAACGUCGGAGCUAUCGUGGGUGGUAUCGUCGGUGCUCUCGUGGUUGUGGUACUGGCAGGUAUUGCGUUCUUCUGCUACCGCAGACGUAAGGCCCGAGGAAAGGGAUUCGGGACCGCUACAGGCUAUUCGGACAGAUCGGCUGGAGGCGGAUUGUCGCUCUGGAACGACCAGGAGUUGCUGUCGCUGCAAGUGAAUCCCGACGACAUUGAAGACGUGCGCAAGCUUGGAACUGGAGCCUUUGGGGUUGUUUAUCUUGCCAAAUACCGCAAGAAUAAACUCGUGGCUUGCAAGCGAUUGAAGAAGGGCGAGGCCACGUACGAAAACACACAGAGCUUCAUCGCUGAGAUCAAACUGUGCGCUACAUUGGACCACCCUCGUGUAGUGCAGCUGCUCGGUGUCGCCUGGACCAUUGAGAGCGAUCUACAAGCCAUGUUCGAGUACAUGUCGAACGGCGACCUGCGAACGUACCUUGAGAAGACCAAGUCGUCCCCCAGGAACUGGAACACCGAGAAAUUGCAGCUUGCUGCGGACAUCACAGAGGCGUUGGUCUACGUGCACUCGUUCACGCCUCCGAUCGUUCACCGCGACCUCAAGUCACGCAACGUCCUGCUGUCUGAAGACAUGCGGGGACACUUGAGUGACUUUGGCGUUGCUCGUGUACGCUCGGCGAACAACACGAUGACAAGUGGCGUGGGCACUGGUCGCUGGCUAGCUCCCGAGGUAAUCGCGGGCAACAGAGACUACGACCAGACCAGCGAUAUCUUCGCGCUGGGUGUCGUGCUGUCCGAGCUGGAUACGCACAUGCUCCCGUACGAAGACGCCCGUGGAGCUGGUGGGAACCCUCUCGCCGACGUCGCAAUUCUUCAGCUGGUGGCGUCCGGCAGGUUGCUGCCGACGUUCGGGCCGCAGUGUCCUCCAGAGCUUCAAGAGCUGGCGAGACGCUGCAUGGCCUACGACCCUCAAGCCCGUCCCACGGCCGUUGAAGUGGCAUUCGCACUGCGGACGCUGCAGAAAUCGGGAGCGAUCUAUUAACUUCACUUACUGGUCGUCAAAGCCAAGAAUUCAAUGUAAGUUCACUGCAGGAGAGCUUCAUUGCUAGCCUACGAGCACCAAUGAACGUUUU